ACACCUUCCUCCAGAACUGCUGCCUAUAUAGCAUGACAAGAAGGGCAGAAGCUCACUUCUGCUCUACCGAAGGGAAAGAUGAACUUCUUCUUACUGCUUCUUGGGAUAUGGCUUCUUCCAAAGGCUGAUGCUCUGAAAUGUAAUGAGUGCAUACCAGCCCAGGCAGGAGGAACCUGCACUAACAAACAGGUAGAAUGUUCAUCAAAUCAACAAUGUGCCUCACUUAGAGAAAUCUAUUAUGAAGGUGGUGCAGAAAGAAGCAAUGUUCUCUCAAAACGUUGUGUUCCGACCGCAGAGUGCGGCGAGUCUUCCUUUAACUAUGCAAAUUUCAAAAUCUCAUUCGUGAUUGAAUGCUGCAACACAGACCUCUGCAACACCAAAGAUGCAAGCGCGCCCAGCAAAUCUAUUCCAAAUAAAAUGAAGUGCUAUGGCUGUGUUGGUCUACCAUGCAACAGAACUUUGAACUGUGAAAGUAACCAGGACCGCUGUAUUACAUCAACAGUGACUGAUCAAGGAGGAACAAAGGUUGCAAGAGGCUGUGCUACAAAGAAUAUAUGUCCUUCUCCAACUUUUCCAACGUUUCUACAGGGGAAUAAAGUUGUGGGUAAAGUUGAUAGUUGCUGUGAGGGCGACUUCUGCAACGGCGCAACUACUGCAACUGCCAGCCUUUUGGCAGUGCCGUUGAUCUCUUUGGUUUUGUUUUAUUAAGAGAUGACAGAUGAUCUUCAGGGUUUUCUUUGCUUUGUAUCUUGGUGUAACAAAUUAAAUUCUAUUUGAUUUUUUAAAAUAAAUACUCAGUAUUUUCACAUUGUGCAAAACCUAAAAUUUAUUUUUUGUAGUUUGCCUAGUAAAAUUAAUGUAUUUUAACUUCUCCAAAAUACAGUGUAAACAGGAUCUUUUGGGGUCUUUAAUAAACUUUGUUGAUAACAA